AUGCCCGAAAGAGAACCUCGUCUAGUUCUUCCCAAGAUGCUUGGUGAAACGAUCACCACAUACUGCCCUGAUCCAGAUGACCCUUUAUUAUCUUCUCUUUACAAAACACACGAAUGGAUUAUCAUGGAGAAGCUGAGAGAGGAACCAUGCCCAAUUACCCCAGAGGAUUUCAACCAAGGCAUAGGCUCUGCAUCUACUACUGGAACAUAUCUUUGUCACUGCAUAGACGACCCCGGAUUUGAUCUCGCCUUCAUGCGUAUCUAUAAACAAAUCCCUCUGGAUGGCACUGAGUUUGAUAAUUUAGAGAAUCGGAAGAAGCAGGCUACCAUUGAAUCUUUCGUGGAACUAGAUGCCUUGAAGAAGUUUACAGAGACCGAGUGUACUGCUACCCCUAAACUCCUUGGAUAUCAAAUUAAUAACCAAGGCGCGAACGACCUUAUCCCCCGCGGAUAUAUCAUUUACCUUAUAUUGGAAAAGGUCCAAGGAGAACCUCUUGAAUUUGAGGAGUUCUGGAGCUUUCCCUUAUAUAAACGCAAAUCUAUCCGUGAGAAGUUCAAAGUCGCUUAUAUGGAAAUUCUGAGCAAAAUCACCGGUUUCGAUAUGGCUAUAGAGAUCGACCCAGAGUAUGAAUGGACAGACAACAACUUCGUGAUAUAUGACCUGGUCCUGCUCUCCUCGAACUAUGAGAAGUACGUUCCCAUGGCGAAUGAUAUCACCACUGAUAAGUACGAGGGCUGGAGGUGGUGA